GAGUUUCCAAGCAUUUGUAGGGAAGGGGGAAAAAGGGAGGAGAAAAGAGAGAAGAAGGGUUCUUAUAUAAAAGAAACUUCUCCUCCCCCUGGGCCUGGGGCCCUGAAGUCCAGUACCUACCUUCCCCUCCCCUGUCCUCCACCCAUGAGGAGGCCCAGGUAUGCAAAUCUCUCAAAGUUACAAGUUGUUAGGAUCCUUUGAGAAAUCUGGACAUUUUGUUAUGGAUCCUCCUGGCUCUGACCUUGACUCCCAGGAGGACAGACAUACUGAAGGACAAUGCAGGUCCACGCAGUCCCAUCUCUGUUGCUGACCAUCUUCCUCCUAGCGGAGCCCCCAAAGGCUUGGAGCCACCGGGUCUCCCGCCGCGACCUCCUGUCUCGAGAGUCCCCCCUGGACAUGUCGCCAGCCUCCUUCGAUGACCAGUACGCUGGCUGUGCAGCAGCUAUGGAGGCCGUCCUACCGGACCUCAACCGCACAGAGUUUAGUGCCAGCCCAGUCUAUGCCGAAGCCUGGAACUCAGCAGCUGCCCGCUGGCAGGAGCGCCGGGACUGGGAGCUGAAGGGCACCCCUUCUUCUCGGCAACUGCCGCCGCCGGGCUUCAGGGACGAGCAUGCUGUGGCCCUCCUGGCCUACACGGCCAACAGCCCCCUGCAUCGAGAGUUCAACGCGGCGGUGAGGGAGGCUGGCAGAUCUCGGGCUUAUUACCUGCGAUAUUUUCCUUUUAAGACGCUUCACUUCCUGCUCACAGAGGCUCUGAGGCUGCUGCGCUCCGGCCAGCAGCCCAGGUGCUAUCAGGUCUUUCGGGGCGUGCAUGGGGUCCGCUUCCGACCCCUGGGGCCGGGGGCCACGGUUCGCCUGGGGGCCUUUGCCUCCGCUUCCCUGAUGGAUGCCGCCGCCCACCAGUUCGGAGAGGAUACCUUCUUUGGCAUCUGGACUUGUCACGGAGUGGCUAUAAAGGGCUAUUCCUUCUUCCCCGGAGAGGAGGAGGUCCUCAUUCCUCCCUACGAGACUUUCCUUGUGGUCAAUGCCUCGGUGCCGGCCCGGGGUCCAGUCCGUAUCUACCUCAAAGCCCAGGACAAGGCCAGCACCUUUAACUGCGAGUAUAUCAAAGAGAAGCAGUGCACUUCAGGACGUUGCAAACAAAAUAAUUCAGCAGCAGCAGUGAGGAUAGAGCCCUUCUCCCCAUCUCAGCAGUACCUGCCUCUGCUCUGGCUCCUCACCAUGUUGAUAUCUCUUGACCCUCCGAGUCUCCUCUGACGACCACCCAGACUCAUUGAUUUUCUUCAGCUCAGGAUGCCUGAGCUCAAUGCGUACAUGAUAAAUGUGUGCGAGUCAAGACAGAGCUGAAAGAUGGACCUGGCCUGCUAUCUUGGCACCUCAGUGCAGAGCAAUGGUGGAGACCAAAGUAUUCAUAAAGGUCAAAACUUUGGGAGGUUUAAUUUUUAGCCAAUACACUCCAGUAUUUGGCCCUAGAAGACUGGAGACCACAAUCAUCUGGAACUUCUCCUGUCCUGUGGCUAGCAAACUCCCAACCUGAUACUCCUGGACUCCCUCUGAUGUUGAAGUGAACACCCCUUUUCUUUGCUUCUCUGUUUAUGAUCUCAUACCUGUAUACAGCAGUGCCCCACUCCUUCCCCUUCCUAGUCUCCCCUGCUCUCCCCUUUACCUAUGUCCUCUGGAAUCCUCACCCUAUCAUUUAAAUUUUUUUUUUUAAUUUUCAAAAUACAAGCAAAGAUAGUUUUCAACAUUCACCCUUGCAAAA